UUGAAAAAUCAGGAAUUGGAAGGAUUUUUUGAUCAAAUAUCUUCUUAUCAUAUUGCCAUGGAUUUGUUGUUUGUUAAUAAACGUUAUCAAGAUGUUUUGGAUGUUUAUGAUGUAUUGAGAAAUAAACAAUUGUAUGGUACAAGAUAUCCUCGUGACUGUGUUGUUUUAGCAUUAGCUUCAUGCUAUAAAUUGAAUACUCCUGAAUCAUAUAAUUACAGUAUUAAUUUGUUAAAGUUAGCUAGAGAAGUUGGAGCUAACAUACUUAGAAAAGGGAUAACUUUUGCAUCUGCUUUAGCACUUGCUCAGUGCAUAAAUAACAAACAUCAUUAUUUGCGUAGUGCAGAGGUUGAUAACCUUUUAUGA